GAAAAAGCCUUUUUCCUUCUUUUUUUGCUCAUUCACAUCCCCCGCGAGCCGUUACCUACCAACCAACCCCUCCAAGUCCACGCUUCGUCCCAUGUCUCCUAUUCGAGCAUCGGAGUGGCGAAAGCUCCCCCUGAGCUUGGCGGACCUCUGCAUCGAGACCACCCUUCGCUGCGGCCAGACUUUUCGAUGGCUGAAGAUAGAUGACGAAUGGAAUUGUGUCCUCCACGGCCGGCUGCUGUCCCUAAAGCAGGAUAAGGAUCAUCUUCACUACCGAGUCGCUCCGCCAGCGACUCCGCCAGGCUUACCCACCCCGUCGUCGCCUGUCAAAAUUGAACCUGAUGAGUCGGCCGAGCGUGACAAUACCGAGGCACUCCUCAGACAUUAUUUCAGCCUAAGACAUGACUCGGCGGCACUCUACGAUCAGUGGUCUAAGUCUGAUCCCAAUUUCCGGAAAAAGGCCCCAAAGUUUACGGGUAUCCGUAUACUGAGCCAGGACCCGUGGGAAGCGCUAGUUGCCUUUAUCUGCAGCAGCAAUAACAACAUUUCACGGAUCUCUCAGAUGGUUCAUAAACUAUGUAAACAUUACGGCUCCUUGGUUGGACACAUUGGAGAAGAAGCAUUUCACGAUUUUCCGACCCCGCAGGCUCUAACCGGCAAGGAGGUCGAAGCCCAUCUUAGAGAACUAGGAUUCGGCUACAGAGCCAAGUACAUUGCGGAAACUUCCCGCCUAGUUUCUCAGGAAAAACCGGCCGGGUGGCUGGAGAGCCUCACAAACCCGGAAAACCCCAGCUGGGGCACGACGGAAGCUGCCAAUUCCGCCGACCCACCCACUUACAAGCACGCCCAUGAACAGCUCCUCCUCCUCUCUGGCGUCGGACCCAAAGUUGCCGAUUGCGUCUGUCUUAUGGGUCUGGGCUGGGGAGAAGCCGUCCCCGUAGACACCCAUGUGUGGCAGAUUGCGCAGAGAGAUUACAAGUUUGGCAAAGUCAAGACGAAGACCUUUUCCAAGGCCAUGUAUGAUUCUGUCGGUGAUCACUUCAGAAAGAUAUGGGGCCAACAGGCGGGAUGGGCCCAGUCUGUGCUCUUCACCGCAAACCUCAAGUCGUUCUCAGAGCAGGCAUCCGGCAAGACGGAGGUAGUAGAUAUCAAAGUCGAGGCCAAAGAAGUUGCAGAGGAGACUAGCAGCAGCGAGCCUACUCCUCGGUCUCGCAAGAGGCGCACAGUUUCCGUGGUGGAAACGGUCAAGGUGAAAACGGAAUCAUCUAUCAAGACGACACGAGCCAGCAGCAAAAGGAGGAAAACCAGAGGUUAAUUCGAAGAGGCACGACCCACCACUCAUCGGAGCUCAUUUCCUACCAAAUCAAACGUCUCCCCGGUGGUCCUCCCACCCGCGAGCUAUCACCCUCGAGUUUCACAAAUGCCGUCGCAGCGCGUUGCUAAUAGCUGAGUCGGCACCUAAGAGGGCAUAUAUCCCUAUGCCUUAACCAUGGUCUCUAGAGAAAAAGACCAUUUCGAGCAACACGUCAAAUUCUAUACCCUCGGCCAGUCCAACAGAGCUUCUGGUUUAUCAUUAUCGCCACAGAUAUAGAGGGGCACGAUUUGGAUUAGUAAUUGAAAAAUAAUCAGGAGAACAUCCCAUUGCCCUGAAAUCUUCAGACAAACUCCCUCUCCCUCUCUCUUACCACAUUUAUUGUUACUUUUUAAGGUAUAAUGACAGAUUCUUGCCCAGGGUUCUGCUCAAUCUCUUCACCGUGUUUCCGCUCUAAGAGCCGACAAUGGCGCCCUGUAGACGGUACCUUUAGGAGUUCGCCGGAAUCAUAACCUCGUGCGAGCAGGCCUCGUCAACUCGGCCCUAACUUCAUCCACCUCAGUCACGGGAGGUGAGAUUCGGCCAACCACGAGCUAAAGCACAGGGCAAUCCAUUAAGA